UUCAUUUUAUAUAUCCUAUCCAUAUGAUUUUCUCCUAAAGAGAAGAAAAAAAUUGUUAUUGAAGCAUUUGAAAAUUUUGUCAAUCAACAUGAUCAAACAUUAAAGCUAUAAUCUUUUCACAUUAAAAAUGGUUAUCACAAAAGUGGAGGAUUUUUUUUAUAUCGUGAAACAUUGCAUUUAUUCAACAUAUUAGUAAUGAAAUAAAAUGAUUUCUUAAAAAAGACCCAAGAGAUGUGCUUCAAUAUAUGAUCUGAAUUCUUCUCUUUGUGGAUUUCUAUGUACUAUGUAUUUAGGAUAGCUGUCUUUUGCAUGCGAGUAUUGUAGCAAAAAUAAUCUUGAGGUCACUGGAUGCACAAAAAAUGUUUGGUUUAUUGUUUCGAUUUCCUGUUCCAUUAUUUGGUUAUUGCUGUGUAGAGCCAGAGAGGUCCCCAGAAUGAUACAGGCUUAGUUACUAUGUACAGUCCAGUCCAUUUAUAUUGAAGUCGCUUAUAUUGAACUAUCUGUUAUACUGAAGUAAAAAUAAAUCCCCAGUAAGGGCUAUUCCAGAAAUAAAUACAUGGGGGGGGGGGGGGGGGGGGGGGGGGGUCGGGAGGCACCUUUUGUAUAUACCAAGCACCCAUAAAAAAAAAUAAAAAAUUACCCCAUGACCCAUCAAAUUGAUAAACUCAUUUUACAAUGACCCAUCUAAUUAAAAAAAAAACUAACCAGACCCACCACAAAAAUAUUUUUAAAAAUGAAAUGGGUACAAAUCUCGCGAGGUUUUCGGGACAAACAUUCUAGUCAAUGACGCGGUAAUGCCUUUACGACAUUGUAUCACAGUAGUUCUGAAGAAACGAUGUCACAUCAACAAUCAAAGGCAUCUAUGGUGGGAAUGUUGGAAAGAUUGGGAGUCCAAACGAUGCUAUUAUCAUGAAAUGGGUAUGGAUAUGUUUUUCCACGAAUCGUUCAUCUUCUAAUUGAGCCCGCGCCCGGAGGCCUCUAUAUCACCAUCACACUGACUGAUAAAUAUAACGCAUCGGUACAUUCGUAUAAAUCAACUAAGGUUUGCCUAUUUUUAUUAGAAAACGGAAUACCUAUUGGUUUCAAAAUAUUCCCAAAAUCGAUGCACUGUAAACUGUAAUAAUCUACAGAACAGAGUUCGCCGCCAUCACGUCCAAAGGGACCCUACUAAACGCGCCUCUAAUUUGAAGAGUGCCGUAAUGGAAAGUUAUGCGCUGCAAAGAGCGACAACUCGAAUAGUUCUAUCUUACUUCCGAUUUCCGAUUUCGAAAGCACGUUUUCAAUUUUCCCUCCAACGUUUUGUAACCAACACGACAAGAGCGACAAUAAAACUAUUCUGAAAACUCAACACCCACGUGGCACAAAAUAAAACAAUAGAAACUAACCACUACCCAUAACAAAUAUUUUUUUAACAGUCCAACCACGGACCAAAUAAAAUAUGAAAAAAUGCGACCACCCACACAAAAAAAUAUCAUUUGCCGCCCGACCCCCCCAUUUGAUCAUUUCUGGAACAGCCCUAACAUUAUUCUUAUGAUUCAGCAUUGGUUAUAUUGAACUUAGGAUAUAAUGAACAAUUCAGGUCGUUCCCCUGAAUUUUAAUAUAUAUGGAGUAGACUGUAGUGGUAAAUAAAUUCAGUACAUAUAUAGCACCAAGUCUUGGUGUAAACUCAUCCAUUUAUUACUUGCAUGUAACAUACAAUUCAGUGAAGCAUAUAGUUACAAUAAGAGUUAUCUCCCUUCAGUUAAGACACUUUUUGAGCACAUUUGAACUAAUGAUACUCAAUAUUGUAUUGUAAUAUGUUAAAUAGGCAAUUUAUUCUAAUUAUCUCUGGGUUAAAGUUCAGUAUAUUUACUCGUAUAUAAAUGGGCUAAGUAUUCUAAAAUACAUCUCAUAAUAAAAUCGUACUUGCAACUGUCCAUACUUAUAAUUAUAUGCGGGUGUUUUAUAGGUAGUCGGGUUCGAAUAUCAUUUGUAUUGGUCACGUGGUGAAGGCAUAUAAAUAGGCGAACAUGUGUUUGUGCGGCAUUCUAAGCACGCUCGCUAGUUCUACGUACAGGUAAAUUUUAUACACUACAAAAACUCUAUGGCUGAAAGUGACCAUUGCAUGGAAACUCCGGGAGAAGAAUUUGGUUUAUCUAAUGAAGAGGCCGUUUCUUUAUUCAGUUCUUCACUGAACAAAGCUUUAGAAAGGCAGAGCAAUGUUAUUGUGAGCACUAUAACGGGCCUUACAGAAAAGUUGACAAAAAGCAACGCGGGGAAAAACGUGCCGCACGUGGAGGAACCAACAGUUUCAGUUAACGGGUCACCAGGAUUCGAAUUCAAACACGAGGGACACAAGAUUCAGUUUAACUUUAAUCAAGCAAGAUAUUCCAAGUUGUCAGAGCUAGGAAAGUUGAUUCAGGAGUGUGAUUUUCAGAAAGCAGCAGACAUCGUAAAAGAGGAACAAGCAGCAAUACUUCAAAGAAACAAGAUUUUAAAGAUUGCAGACCGGCACGGAUGGGAUACCGUGAGUGAAUACCUUGACGACCCCUUAGCGGACGACACCGAAGAUGCUACUAAGCUUCGUUACGCUGUUAGUCGUGCUGCUAGGAAACGCUCCUAUCGAAGCAAGCCCUACGACAAACGGAGAGGCAAUUUCGCGCCAAAUGACUUUUUUCUGGAUCAGAUAUAAACAGUAUUUUUGCGGCAUAUAAGUUUGCUAGUAAUGUUCUAGUGCUGAGAGUUGAUUUUAGAUAGAUCAUAUGGAUGAUCAACAAGGUUCCAUGAACCACAUGUCAUAUCUUGCAUGGCACCAUGUGCAUAUGAAUUCUAGAGCAGUAUUUUGAGCACCAUGUGCAUAUACCUUAUGAGCUACAUAUGAAAUUGUAAACAAAGCACCAUGUGCGUUUUCUUGUGUAUACUAAGAGAAUUUUGAAUUGAAACGAAGUGGGAUUUUGUGAGCUAAAUAUGAAUUAGAGAUAAGGCACCAUGUGCGUUUUCAGAAAAUCAAAUGUAAUUGAAUGGGGCAUGCAUGAACUAUAUCUUAAGUCUCAAGGUGGAAAGUUGUGGGACAACUUUGCAUUGAUAAAUCUGUCUUUUUUAUAGUAUGUCUGUUCAUCUUGAAAGUAGCAAGACAGACGUAUAUAGACGAGGUAAUGAUGUUUUAAUUGCAAGCACAGGUAAAUCAACCUGUCCUGUUUUUUGGUUAAAGCACUAUUUACAACUUGCAGGUAUUACUGAAAAACCUGACGAUUUCAUCUUUCGAUCUAUACGUUUUUACAAGUCAUCAAAACGUUAUAAGCUUUGUGAGAUUAACAAACCCAUUUCUUAUACUAGAGCACGAGAAAUACUACUUAGUGCUUUAUCGUCCAUUGGUUUGAAUUCAAAGUUGUUUGGUUUACACAGUCUACGAAGUGGCGGCGCUACUUCAGCGGCUUCAAGCGGCGUAAGUGACAGGUUGUUAAAAAUUCAUGGUCGAUGGAAAUCGGAUUUUUCAAGGGACAACUACAUUAAAGAUUGUGUGCAAAAGCAACUUCAUGUUACCAAAAAUUUGAACAUAUGAAAGGUUUAUAUAUUGUUCACUUUUGUUUAUAUAAUUAAUAACAAAUGUGUUACUUCCGCCAUUAGAUUUUUCUCUCUUUGUUUUUCUAAGUGCUAGCGAGCUGCCAUCCUACUUAUACUAUAUAGUUUCUUGUUUUUUGGUAAUUAGCAUCUAAUUAAUUUAUAUUCGGACGAACAAAGUGAGGGAGAAUAUAAUUAUAAUUAUAUGCGGGUGUUUUAUAGGUAGUCGGGUUCGAAUAUCAUUUGUAUUGGUCACGUGGUGAAGGCAUAUAAAUAGGCGAACAUGUGUUUGUGCGGCAUUCUAAGCACGCUCGCUAGUUCUACGUACAGGUAAAUUUUACAAUAUUUCUAUGGCGGAUAGUAACCAUUUAUCAGAUGACAUUAAUCUGUGUAUAUAUUGAUGUGUAUUAACAUGAGUAGUUUUGUUUGCGAUAUAUUUCUUAAGGACAUUACGAGUGAUGAAUAAAGUGCUAGCGAGCUGCCAUCCUACUUAUA